AUGUCAAUGAAUACUAACUCUACUUUCCAGAAAGCCCAAGAGUAUACAAAUUUGAUAAAGAAGUUUUCAGCCCUAGAGCUAACAGAUGUCGGUAACUAUAGAAUCAUUUCAGAAAUCGGAUCAGGUGCAUUUGGGAAAGUGUAUCUUGGCUACCACACAUUGCUUCGUUGUAAAGUCUGCUUGAAAAAAGGGAAUAGAAAUGUCAAUGAGUUAUCGAUGGGUGGUCCGAGCAACGAUAACUUAAUGAGAGAGUUUUAUUACUUGCGAGAAUAUCGACAUCAUCCUCACAUCACAAAACUUUAUGAGCUGAUAUUCACAGAAAGCUCAGUCUACAUGGUUCUUGAGUACUAUCCUUCCGGUGACUUAUACGAGUAUGUGAUAUCACGGGGAAGUUUGGCGGUCAAUGACUCUUUACGGAUUUUCACACAAAUUUUGGGAGCAGUAUACUACUUACACAAAAACGACUGCUGCCAUCGUGAUCUCAAACUUGAAAAUAUCCUACUAGAUAAAGAAAUGAAUGUCAAGUUGUCUGAUUUUGGUUUCACCAGAGAACUACCAUUCACGCCACAUGGCACUAAGUCUUUACUGUCAGAAUAUUGUGGCACGGGAGCAUAUAUGGCACCAGAAUUAGUCAAACGCGUUCCUUAUUCAGGAAUUAAGAUUGAUAUAUGGGCAUUAGGUGUGAUUUUAUAUACUAUGUUAACAGGAGAGAUGCCAUUUGAUGAUUCUUCGGAUCCCAAAGAACUAGAAUAUGCCAUAGUUCAUAACAAGCCAAGAUAUUUAGAAAGCUUGGAAAAUUUGGAUUCAAAUUUUACCAAUGAAUUAGGGCAAAUCAAACAGUUGUUAAGUAUAAUGCUAGCAAAAGAUGCCGAAGACAGAAUUGGAUCUUUAGAAGAUGUAUUAGGCUUGCCGAUUUUUGAAAGUUAUGGUGGGAAGGAACAAAUAGAUAUUAUUAAUAAGCUAAUUUAUGAUACGUCCAAUGCCAAAAAUAGCUGGUCUGAUCUGACAUCAUCAGAAAAAACCUUAUUUAAAAAUUUGGUGAACGCAGGUAUAGAUCGUGAGAUUUUGAAACGUGCCAUACAAGAGGAAACUUUAGAUUCCGCAUACGGAAUAUGGGUGUUAGUAAACGACAAAGCUGAAAAAAAGAACAAAAAGAAAUCAAGGUUGAAGAAAUCUACCAGCGUCUUAAAGCUGACAAGAACGAGAUCAUUUAUAAGCCGUUCAAGAUCAGCUUUCAGCUCAUCUCCUGGGGCAUCCAACGAUGCCCAUGAGGACGGUAGUAAUGGAUAUGCAAUUGGGAGUCGAUCCAGUAGAGGAAAUGAGUCUGAUAAUGAUAGUUCCCUUAACCAGGCCUCUUCUAUCUCUAAAAUAAAGGCUAUGGUACGAAGCAGUGGUGAGGUUUUGAGCCCAUUAAGCAGGUUGAAUUCCAUAGCUGAAAGGGAUGAAAGUAGGAAAAAAGAUGACUUGAGUGUCUUAUCUAGGAGUACUGAAACAACAACUAAAUCUACUCAAAAGAAUAAGUCAAAGUUCUCUGUUUUCAAUAUAUUUAAGACGAAGAAAUCACAUUCAAGUUUGAAAGAUACCAAAAACGAGGAGGAUAAACCAUUGCUGCCCAAAAUAAUAACUAUUAAUACAAAAUCAUCUAAUAACAGAAGCACUGAUAAUUUUAAAGAAAAUGCCUCAAAUAUAAGAAAUGCGUCAAUGUCUUCAUCAUUGCCAAAGUUGAAUAAGGUUAAUCUGAACGAUAGAGAAACAUCAAAAACUACAGGUGUGGCUCAAAAAAAAUCCGACACUACUCAACUUGGAGAUCGUCUCUCGACUUACUCAAUACAGACGUCUGCCUCCGAAACUUCAAACGCAUCCGGAUAUAUGACGGGAUAUUCAACUGAUGCUAAUAUAAUACCUCUGAAUAACAAGCGGAACCAAGAAGCUAGUGCUGAAAAAGGUGUCAAGGGUAAAAGUGUUCCUAAGAUCACACUUAAUAUAAGCUCCGAACACCUUGGCACAUCUUCACAACUGAAUCUGACACCAACCCAAACAUCAAAUAACAAACCCAGAAUUACCAGAGCAAUAAGUGACUGGUCUGCAAACUAUUCCCAAGCAGAAUCACCAAGCUCCUCUUUCGUGGCACUAUCGAGAUCCAAUUCUGUUGAUUCGUUCACAAAGUCUAUGAAUAAUAGAAACCUAAGUACCAAUGCCAGAAUGAGAAGGGGUAGGUCACCGAUUAACAAAAAGAUCACUACGACCUGGGCAUUCAAUAUUGGAGCACCAAAAUCUAAACCAAAUUUCUUGAAGCCUCAGGGGGAAAAUCAGACGAUUGAGGAAGAAACCAGCGACCAAGAUGAUGAUCUUGAUGAGGAACAUGAUUCAGUGUCACAGAGGUAUGAUGAUAGUGCUAGUAAAGUAACACAAAGAACGAAAAAAAAUAGAGGGGGCGGGCGAAUGUAUAUGAGGAGAGGGUCAAUGAAAUUUCCUAUUUUACCUGUCACUGAAGAAAAUGAAGACCUAGUCGCUGAAGAUGAUGAUGAAGAUGCAGAUGUCGAAGAAGAUAAUCAUGAUUAUGAUGAUGUCCUAACAGAGUUCUCCAUAUGUGAUUUCAAUAAGGCAAAAUCUUCACUAAAAACAAAUUAUGAAGAAGCACGCCAGCAAGAGAUGUUGAGUGCCGACAGCGGAAGUCUAAGUGGCGUCUCUGUUAUGAAUGAGAAAAUCAGUCAGUUAUCCUUUAAUGAAAAUAGGGUAUCUUCGCCUACCUCAGGAAGAGCUACUCCUCUUAAUUUGUCCAAAAAAAGAACAAGUGAACAUUUAUUAGGCUCACCCUUGGAACCUACAUAUCCGAGCUACAGCAGAAUUUACUCUCCAACGCCUGGCUAUACUAAGCCAACUAAAAAAGCAAUGAAAACGCUGGAACAAUCAAUUUCAAAGUAG